GUGUGUUAUGAAAGUUGAUACUCACGUCAAGGCCUGUGUGGAGCGUCUUCUUUUGCGUGGAGGGCUGUUCAGCGGCUUUUCACCCCAUCCCGAGACACUUCUUAUGCGACCUGUAUCAGCUGGAGCUUCUUUCCCGGUCCCUCCUGAAGAGGAUGCACUUCGCUACAGCCCUACGUGGGAAUCCGAUGAUGAAUACACCGACUUUGCCUACUCAGAUCUUUACAUGAAUGGGCAUUUCACAGACUACAAUAAUGGAGUGCUCAGAAGCGAAACAAACAAUGAACAUGAAGAGAUGCCGGCGAUGGUUUGUGACAUUGAAACGGGAAAGAUUAUCGAAGACCCGGAAAAUGACCAGGAUGGGACACUUAAUCCAGGAACCCCCAAAGGAGAAUAUACAGUAUCAGAAUACAAUGAAGUGUUAGUCAAUCUCAUGAAUCAACUGUUUCACGAUAUUUUGACAGAUGAUAAUCGGAAAAUUCUCUACUAUAAAUUGCCCGAGAACAAACACUACAAGGCAUACAUCGAGCAGGUAAAAAAUCUGCGCGCUGUCAAAGUUUCCGAGGCUCCGCCACAAGAAAGGCUAGCAUUCUUUAUGAAUGUUUUCAACAUGUUGUCGGUUCAUACAACACAGAUCAACGGAGCCCCUCGAAAUAUUUGGGAACGAAGAAAGCUGAUGAACUGCAGCUAUUACCAAAUAGAAAACCACAAAUAUGCUCCACAUUCUAUCUUGAACGGUAUUCUUCGAUCUAAUCGCAAAGGAUUGGCAGCUCUUUGGAAGCCAUUUGGAAAGAAAGACCAGAGAUUACCACUGAUACUUCCACACUGCGAACCUCUUAUACACUUCGCACUCAACACUGGCACUCGAUCUACCCCACCUAUCAGAGCCUACACUUGCAAGUCUGUCUAUGACGAACUUCGCGACAAUGCUUGCAAAGCGCUCAAAUCAAAUCACUUUCUACGAUUUGAUACGAAAAAUAGAGUCAUCUACCUAGGAAAAGUCUUCAAAUGGUAUGAAAUCGACUUUGGUCGCAGCACAGAAAUGGUGCUUGAAUAUCUCCUGGACUUGAUGAGCAGGACGAAUUCAAAGAAAAAACGGAUGCUUGAGGAUUGGUUGUGCGACGGCAAUGUAGAAGUAGAUUACAUGACUCAUGACUGGAUGUUUAAUGGGCAAAUGAGUGAGAUAGAGUUGAAAUGAAGAGUAAAAUGUGUCUUACCUUACCUAGCGG